CAAGUCAUCAUAGCUAUCACAAAGUAAUUUCACGUCAUAAAUACCCGCACAAACUAUUAAAGAAAACAGUGUAGGAUUGAUUUGUCUUCCGACUCACUAGCAGUCUCGUCUUUUUUUUCUCACUUCCUUUACGGUUUGAAAGAACCUGGUUGAACUUUGUCAUCGUCAAUUUGUUGUCUAACUACUAUUUUUCAACGUUUAGGAGGAAACAAAUGGAAAAGGCGAUGGAUUCAUCAUCGGCAAAAUUUCACUCUAUCGCAUUGGUCAUCGCCGCCAUCGUCGUCGCAAUCGGCGUGAUAGUCGGCGCCGCCAUCAUAGCCCGUGGCGACUAUGGGAGAGACCAUCCCAGGUGCUUGACUGACGGGGGAAGGGGAGCCGUAAAAGCGAUGGAGAGUAGUAUGGUCAUGAACGUAAUGUUGGUGAACGGUGGUAGGAAGAUCGGCAUGCAGAUGGCACGAUACGAAUACGAGGAAAACACGAUCCUGAUCGAAACGGCAAACAUCAGUGGCUUCGCGGCUAACGUCGCCAUUGACUAUGACAGGUCUGUAGUCUUCAUCGAGAUACAAGGGGAGUCACUGUGCUUGGCCUCGGCACUGUAUGGAGACAUGAUGGACAUGGCGGACAGGAUGACCAACUUCAUGAUGGACAGAAAGCAACAGACGAUCGAUAUAGCAACCGCACGUACCAAAGACAUAAGGUACGCUCGAAAAGGCGCCAUCCCGGCCGGUUACGUCACCACCUCCAACGGACCACUCAUCCGCGGUCUCUGCGCAGGAGACGAAUCUCAUUGGACUGAGCAGACCACAAUGGAAGGUCGGAAGCGGCGGUCGGUUUCAGGCGACAUCCGAAUUUGCAUAUUCGGGUUUUGUUUCAAUAUUUCAUUUUAAUGAAAAUAGCUGUAACUGAGUGGUUUAGGUGAUAUCUCUUGAUUUUAAUUACCAUGAGUAUUUAAAAAACAAACAAAAAACUUCCAUACCAUAGCUGAUGAAAUAAAAAAAAUGCUUCUAAAGCUGAGUAAAUUAAAUUUUCUUUUCAUAGCUGAGUAAAUAAGGUUUAAUGUGCGUGUUACGACACGUUACCACAACGCUCAAAAACUGUCUCUACUCAGUCGCGUACAUUUCAACUCGGUGGUUACAUUUUUAAGCUCAAUAUAUAUUUGAUUGUAUAUAAGUAUAUUAAGUGAACUCAUUUGUAUGCUUCUAUCAAUUGAAAAUCCAAAUCCAAAGUCCCAAUUCUUUGGAAUUUUUUGGGAUAAAUAAUGAUAAGUCCAGCUAUAAUUCAAACUAUGGAAGUUUAAAUUAUAUCAAGGCCUUAAAGGUAAUACAAAGUUUUGGUAUGGGGGUCAUGAAUGUGGUUCAAAU